UGAUGCCGUACCCCUGGAGCUCAGCCGACGCUUAUCGGCCAACCCAUGCGUUGGGAAAGGAAAGAUUAGGAAGGGGGGGUGGUAAGAUAAGGGCCACUAGCCGACCACUGCAGGAUUGUAUGUAGUACCAUGUACAGGAGUAGCAGUUCGUAUCAUGGUAUGGUACAACACAGGACUCGAGAUGUGUGACCAGGAAAGAGAAAUCAAGGAGGAGGCGGGACGGAGCGGCCGAAGUAGCUGGAAGAGGCAGCUUGAAGCACCCAGCUCCAAAGCGAAUUGCUUAAAUCCAACAGUUGCACCAUACAAGAAGAAGGUGGCGGCACAUUCUUACUAUGGUAGUGCUACAGCAGGCCUAGUAGUAUUAUUGCCGCGUAGUCUAUUGGUAGUGAACGUCGAGCAAAUGAAGGGCUGGACCGUGAGACUAGUUAAGUGCAGUGUAGGUACCUGGUACUUGAUCCGUGGCUGGGACAAGCUUUCAAAAAUCCCGGCUUCCUUUCAGGUUUCAGUAGGAGGGCCGGGAUUACCGUUAGCCUGUGGUUGUUCGCCCUUGCGGGGGGCGGGGGGGUCGAGUGCUUGGCAUCAUACAGCGAUCUGGUGGCGACAUGAAUCAGUUCUUGGGAAGAGCUGAGGAAGCAGCGGAAAGCAGAGGAUAUCGAAGGCUGCCAGGUUCCUUUGUCUCGGAGCGUGGUGCAGGUCUGCUCUGUCGGCAAAAGACCACAUUCUUCUUUUCUUACCUGGAGUAGGAAGGUGUUUAGAUAUCGC